CUUCUCCCUCCACAUUUCUCACAUCUUCUUUCCCUCCCCUUGCACCUUCUCUGGCACAGUCUCCAGAAUGGAGUUACCGGUAAGGACACCGGUUUCCGGUGGCCGGAAAACACAGUAUAGAAUAGAAACCAAGAAACUCUCUUACAGGUUAUGUCGGCAGGUCGACGAAUACAGAUGGUUAUAUUGCCAUGGGAGUUCUGGGUGCACUACUAGAUUCGUUCUAAGGAAUGUUGAUUGUGUAGCGAAGGCUGGGGAGCUCACUGUAAUUGCUGGGCCUAGUGGAGCUGGGAAGACUACACUGUUGGAAAUUCUUGCCGGAAUUAACCGGCCGGCUAAAGUUUCAGGUCAGGUUCUCGUCAAUGGCCAGCCCAUGGAUGCUGCGCAUUUUCGGAGAGUGUCGGGCUAUGUCACCCAACAUGACGCGCUCUUCCCACUGUUGACAGUGGAAGAAACUCUCAUGUAUAGUGCCCGUCUGAGGGGAUGUGGUGGGCCUAGCGUGGCAGCAGCUAGAGUGAGAGAACUACUGAAGGAGCUGGGGUUGGACCAUGUGGCGGGUUCGAGAAUCGGUGGGGAUUCCUCUCGUGGCAUCUCCGGCGGUGAGAAGCGCAGAGUCUCGAUUGGGGUUGAUUUAGUGCAUGACCCAUCUGUUCUUCUGAUCGACGAGCCGACGUCUGGUUUGGACUCUGCAUCCGCUCUUCAUGUGGUCUCAUUGCUUAAGUCAAUGGUGGUGAAUCAAGGUAAGACAAUUGUUCUGAGCAUUCAUCAACCCGGUUUCCGUAUUCUCGAGCUAUUUGAUCAAGUUGUUCUGCUAUCAAAUGGAACUGUUCUUCACCAUGGAUCACUGUGUUACCUUGAGGAGAGGCUAAAGAAAGCUGGCCACUGUAUUCCUCGACAUGUAAAUGUGCUUGAGUUCGCUCUUAGUGUGACAGAUACUCUGGAGAAAGUUAAUAGAGACCCAGAAGAAGAUGAGCAAGAAGAGCAGCAGUUAAUGAGAACUAUAUAUGAUUAUGUUGAAGAAAAGCAUCUAUUCUAUCCAAAUUCUCGGUUUCAGGAGGUCUUAAUUCUAAGCCAGAGAUUCUGCAAUAACACAUUCAGAACCAAGCAACUUUUCGCAGCAAGAAUGAUUCAAGCCAUAGUAGCCGGGGUAGUGCUGGGUACCAUCUUCAUGAAUGCUAAUAAUGACAGAAGCUGGGCCCAGUUGCAGACCAGACUGGGCUUCUUUGCUUUCAGUCUCACCUUCUUGCUCUCCUCAACAGCAGAAGGUCUUCCAAUUUUCUUACAGGAGAGAAGAAUUUUGAUGAGAGAGACUUCCAGAGGAGCCUACAGAGUCUCAUCCUAUGUAAUUGCCAACACCCUGGUCUUCCUUCCUUUCCUUCUACUGUUUGCUCUUCUCUUCAGCAUCCCCGUAUUGAUGUCGAAUUCAUUUGCUGCAUGCUUCAGUGCUCUGGUGCCGAAUUUCAUCAUGGGGACCUCCUUGAUAGCUGGGUUUAUGGGUUCUUUUUUCCUCUUCUCAGGGUACUUUAUAGCAAAAGCCAGCAUACCCAAUUACUGGAUUUUCAUGCAUUACUUGAGUUUGUUCAAGUACCCAUUUGAGUGCUUUAUGAUAAAUGAGUAUGGGGGAGAGAAGGGGAGGAGAAUGUGCUUGGUGAGAGAGGGAGGAGUAUGCAUUUUCUAUGGGGAUGGGUUCUUGAGACAGCAGGAAUUGAGAGAGUUGCAGAAAUGGAGAAAUUUAGGGGUGAUGUUCAGUUUCAUUGUUGGGUACAGAGUGCUUUCUUAUUUGAUUUUGUGGUAUAGAUGUUAUAGGACCAGAAAUUAGAAGGGUUUCUUUUUCUCUAUCUGUUAAAUGGGAAAAAGGAAAGGAACAAAUUAGGGGAUUUUAUUUGUUCAAUUGGUCAUGAUAUUUGAA